AUGAGAUCUGUGACGGGCUGUAACAAUUCCCAUUGUCCGGCAUCCAAAGCUACCUACCCAAGGACAUGUGACAAGAAGGUAGAAUCAGAAGGUAGAGUGAGCAGGCGGCAAACAGGCACACAGAAUGACGCCGUCAACAGGCAGAGUCUGAUCUCGAUGAUCCUGCAAAAGCAGCAGGUAGACGUUGGUCGAGACAUGACGAAUCAUCACCGCCAGAGGGAGUUCAUGAAGAUUCCCAACGGCAUGACCCAGUGCAUCUUACUUCUUAACCCACACUCUCUUUCAAGUCACCCCCGAUCUGUUCUCAAUGUAUCCCUCUGCAACGACAAAUUCGCCACUCGAGAAGAGUCCAUGCGACGAACUUGUACAAACGACAUCGUCCACGCGGCGCGGUAA